AUGUGGCUGAAAUAUAUGAGUUUUUUGGUUUUAUUCGUCGGUUUGGUGUUGGGCCAGCCUGAAAGGUUCGCCCUGGACCUGUUCGACAUAAAUGAUAGUAGGUACGUAGCCGAAAAAACUCGGUUCGACAAUGUGAGUUACGUGGUGUUCAAGCCUCAGAAAGAGAAACUUGUAACAGAAGUACUCUUUGGACAGGAAAGGGUCUGGAGGAGUUCUUGCGAUCAGGAGACAGCCCAACUUGUGCUACUUGCCACGAAAGUUGAAGUACCAUUCCUUCUCUACGUCAAGUCUGAACUGGCAGGACCUAAACAUUAUUACUACUAUUUUGAGGAUUAUACAUGGGUUAAAACAAAUUUUGAACACUACUUAGACUUGCUGAACAAACACAAGUCUGAUGUUGAAACUAAAGAAUUCACACUAAACUUAAGCUUAACCCACUCGAGUGAAAAGGUUAACUUCAGUGGUACAACAAAUUUUAAGAAAUUUGAUAGCUUCUUUGUCGAUAAUUCACUGGUUGAUGAAUGGAAAACGGAAUUUGCCGCAACUAAGGUAGUUCAUGAUGUGACACCCUUAUGGUUUGCUAAGAAGGAAGGUGAACGAGCUGUUGCAGGCUGGGCUUACAAGUCUGGUAAAGAGCAUUAUUUGGUUCGUGUACUUGUUAGAAACUCCGACUUCAAGUUCAGAUUCUUCAAUUUCCUUAAGGUUGGGAACUCUUGGACAAACCUUGAACUGGGGCCUUUUAAAUUUUUGAAAUCCGAUGACAAGGUGUUCCCUGAAGAUUUCUAUUAUCCUGAAUACCUCAAUAAUGAGCCUUCACCGACUCAUUUCAUGACUGAUUCGUCAGUUUCCUUGACCAAUCUUGACGACUUCGUUGACGAAAGUUUCGAGUAUAAGCCUGAAUCGAGGCCUGAGGAUUAUGAUUUCAAACACUUUAAUGCUCCAAUACCCUUUACUAAACUUCACAGGCUUGAUUUUUCAAAGCGGGUGCCGGGUUCUGUUGCUACUAAUGUAACUGGAUUGUUCGAUAAUAAAGUGACUGUUCAGUCUUACUACCCGACUUUCGGCAACUUUUUUGGUGUUGUUAGGGACGGAAAGCACGUAAUUUUUGAGCGCAAUUUAGAUGUUGAAGCUUGUGUCGGGGUUCACUUUUACAAUAAAGAUAAGCAGAGAUUUUUGGCUGACGUUUUGGUUUACAGUCCUCACAAUCCUAGGUCUGAGUACCAUGUGAAGCGUAAUGGCAGGUGGAGUCCCGUUAGUAAAGGUGUAUUCACGAACCUUAUGAAUCAGCUUUAA